CUUAACUUAUUAAAAGGAACUUGCCGAGGCUUGGACACCCGCAAAUAUGAUGAUGAUGUCUCUCAACAGCAAGCAGGCAUUCGCCAUGGCCCACUCCAGCUUGCCCGAACACAAAUAUUCUUUGCAUUCCUCCUCAUCCUCCACCAUGACUUCGAAUGCGCCCUCGUCCUGCUCGUCCUCCCGACACAGUAACACCAUCAUCAGCAGCAGUGGCUCCAACUCGGAGGCGAUGCGCCGAGCAUGUCUCCCAACCCCACCGAGCAAUAUAUUCGGAGGCUUGGAUGAGAGUUUGUUGGCCCGUGCUGAAGCUCUGGCGGCGGUGGAUAUAGUCUCGCAGACCAAGAGCCACCACCACCCUCCACAUCACAGUCCCUUCAAGCCGGACGCGACCUACCACACCAUGAACACUCACCCCUGCACCUCCUCUUCGUCCUCCGCGUCUUCGGUGCCUAUUUCUCACCCAUCCGCCCUGUCUGGCCACGGCCACCACCACCACCACCACCAUCACCACCACCACCAGCCACACCAGGGGCUAGAGGGGGACCUACUGGACCACAUCACCCCAGGACUGGCACUCGGGGCCAUGGCAGGACCGGAUGGUUCGGUCGGUACACCUGCGCAUCCUGCACACAUGGCGGGCAUGAACCACAUGCACCAGGCAGCCAUCAACAUGGCUCAUGCCCAUGGGCUACAAUCACACAUGGGCUGCAUGAGCGACGUGGACGCCGAUCCAAGGGACUUGGAAGCCUUCGCGGAGAGGUUUAAGCAGAGACGGAUCAAACUUGGUGUAACCCAGGCGGAUGUAGGGUCAGCCUUGGCGAACCUGAAAAUUCCCGGCGUGGGUUCUCUUAGCCAAAGCACAAUCUGCCGAUUUGAGUCCCUCACACUCUCUCACAACAACAUGAUAGCUUUGAAGCCCAUUCUACAAGCGUGGCUGGAAGAAGCCGAGAAAUCACACAGGGAGAAACUGAACAAACCAGAGCUCUUCAAUGGCGCAGAGAAAAAGAGAAAGCGUACGUCGAUAGCUGCACCGGAAAAGAGAUCCCUGGAAGCCUACUUCGCCAUUCAGCCGCGUCCCUCUUCAGAGAAAAUCGCUGCUAUCGCAGAAAAGCUGGACCUCAAAAAGAACGUGGUGCGGGUCUGGUUUUGCAACCAACGACAGAAACAAAAACGAAUGAAAUACUCUGCAUGCGUCUAGCUCGACCAUUCGCUCUAAAAACACCGUCAACAAAUGUUGAGAGACUGAAAACUGUACAGAGACGAUUUGUAACAUAUUUCUUAUCACACACUUUUUCAAUCAUCAAUGACUUGUGCUUUGAACUCGAAUAAUUCAUAACAUUCAAAAUGACUAAAUACUCUAACCACUGUCACGUCUGGCGGAAGGGGAUGUGGAAUCAAGCAAAGGAGCGUUUGACAGA